UUGAGUCGGGCACAGUGUGGGGUCGUUCGUUGAAUUGCACUUGGUUUCCGCAGCGAGGUUGGGCGCCCGCUAACCCGGCCUCGAGCCAGCAGUGCAGCAUUGCAAUGGUGAAUAUUGCCGGGCGGUCGCGUGAUUUCAGCACGAUUGGUGUUUGCGUGCGGUUUCAAAGGGGAGUCGUGUGUCUAUCGUGGGUGUCACUGCUCUGUCCAACCGGUGCGGGCAGGCGGCGGAAAUGGAGGGUUGGCGAUUGGCCCAAGCAAGCAAGAGCCCCAGCAGCAUGGUCCUACAGCGUGCAUUUGCUGUGCAGCGAGCAAGGUGUGCCCGCUGGCUGUGCGCGACAAGUCCACGUGAGCUCAGCUUCGCCGAGGGCACCGGAGGAUCCACUCUCUAGCCCUUGGGGCCAGGGGGGGGCGACUCUAGUGCUACCAACUCAUCCAGCCUCCAACAUUCGUCUCCUCUCGCUUGCUUGCUGCUGUGCUGUCGUCCGAUGCUCGCUUUUCCUGCGCUCCCUUCGUCGCCUUGCUUUGGCAAGGUCCUUCGUCCAAUCCAUGUCUCCGCUCGCGUCCAUGUGCUUACCUUGUACCGUCCAUGAUUCAUCUACACGUACCUGUGUGUAUCUCAUGUACACUGUAGUACAUAUGCACCUUCGGAAAAUUAAUGGAGCUGACUGCACAUCUCGUCACCUACCGUGGCUACAUUGUUCAGGGUGCGAUGCAACCACACGCGCGCCCGCACCGCUGCUUGUCCGACUGACGUUUGACGUCCACCACCACCUCUGCCUUUGGUGCCACUUUGAUCGUCGACUUUUCCAUGCCCACAAUGCUACGCCUUCCCUUGGUCCAUACUAUGGGGUGCUGUCCGCUACUGCUGCCAUGGAGCGAUGCAAGCUCUCCCGCACCCGCUCCAAGGCGUAG